UUAAUAGUCUGCUCAUUUUUAUAGAAUUAAUUAAUAAUAGGGAAAUUUUAUUUUUAUUUUCAAUAAUUUUUUGCUGUACAAUUUAAUACUCUUUAUUUUUAUGCAAAGGAAUAGCGCGCUAAAAUGACCAAUGAAAAAUAUCGUUGAGCUGUUUUACCUUUCCAAUGUUUACUUUAUCUUAUCUCGUAUUCCAACUUUUAUUCAGUUUUAAUUUACAUAUUUGUCAAACGUUAAAUGCGAAGGAAAAACGAUUAUAAAUAUUGUUCAGUUGUUGGACAAAAGUCUAGAGUUAAGAGUCUAGACUUUAGCGAAAUGGUAUCUGAAGUAAAGUGGCCGCUUCUGAUGUUUAUUUGUGGAAUCAUUGAAAAUUAUUGCCGCGCGGAAUUAAAAAUGAUCCAAGUGACGAUGCGUCAUGGUGACAGAUAUCCUUCUGGAAAACAGUAUGCAUUAAUGUUCUAUCCCAAUGAUCCAUACUUUAAUAAUACCUCGGCAUCUGAUGGACCAAUGCAACUUACACCUAAAGGAAAAAUCAAAGCGUACCACAUGGGUCAAUUUCUACAUGACAGAUAUAAAGAAUUGAUAGGAACUAUCGAUAACGCAGACUCAGUCUAUUUCCGUGCGUUUCGAGCCGAAAGAGCUGUCAGUACUGCUCGCUUAGUUGCUAAGGGACUGUUUCAAAUAAACUGGAAUUCUAGUUUUGAAUCAGUUCCUUUGUCAAUUGACUCAAAACCAAAAGACGAAGAUUAUUUAUACUACACGAAAAAAAUUUGCGAAAAUUAUUACACUGAUCGGAUAAAUUCCGAUGCUCAGGUAGAACAUGUACUGAGUAAACUCACAGAUAUACAAAAAUUUUAUGAUUACUUAUCAAUUCACACGGGCAUUAAUUACACGAAAGUUUUCCAAAGUUAUCUACUCUACAAUCACCUAGUUUCGGAGUCUAGUCUCAACCUUCAGUUGGAACCUUGGACGGAUUCCAUAUUUCCCAAUGGAAAACUUUUGGACUUAAGUGCAGUUGAAUACAUAAUUCAGACUCACACCUCUCGGAUGAAGCGUCUCUUAGGUGGAGUUUGGAUAAAGACGUUUUUAAAUCACGUCGAUGAUUCACUGAGUGGUGAAAGUACUCGGAAAAAAGGAUAUUUCUAUGUUUACAGUGAGCAUCACGUCGCUGCAAUUUUGAAUGCUCUUGAUAUCUACAAGCCUCAUGUUCCGAGUUACCUGAGUUGUGUAAUUUUCGAAUUGCACGAAAUCGAUAAUAAUUUCUACGUUAAGGUGAUUCAUAAAAAUGAAGACAAAAUUACAGAAACUCAGAUUACCGGCUGUGAAGCUUCGCUGUGUUUGCUUGAUACAUUCAAGUUUGUUUUGAAAGAUGUAAUUCUCGAAGAUUUUGAAAAAGAUUGUGGGACACACGGCAGUUUUCCAGAUCCGGUCCUUCCCGUGGUGAAAUAGCAAGGACUGUAAUGCUGGGAGGGGGAAAUUUCUACCCAUGAUCCGGCCAAACUGGUUUGGUGCCUUUAGGAAGAGUUUUUCCCAGUUUUUCCCAGUAUAUAUGUGAAAUAUGUGCUAUUCUUUUUAUUUUAAUUGUCAUUAAUAUUCAAUUGAUUAUCAAUAAAUAAAUAAAGUUAUAAAAUUUUACCAACUUUUCAUAUUUUCCAGAUAAUGUUUUUCUAUUAAUUCAUCUGAAGAUUUUUUGUAUCUUAAAAAUUAU